CCCCGCGACGGCAUCGACAUUGUGAACCUCCAUCUCGAAGUAUUGCAAUUGGACCAGCUGCGGCCCACUCCAGCCGAUCAAAAUGUCAUCAUCAUUAAAUAACUUAUCUUCUGCAUCGGACGACCGAAAGGCAAGACUUGCACAGCUUCGAAAUCUCAAGCGGAAACAGCCAACAGAUGAGAUCGCUCCCCCAGAGGCAGAUCGACCUUCCGCCACGCCAGAGGAAAGCCCAGACGUUGCAAAACUACAUCUAUCCGGAAGAAACUAUGAUGCUGAAACAAAAGGACCCAAGCUGGGUUUCGACGCCCCUCCCACUGCCGCUAUGGAGAAAUCUACACUCGAAGAGCAAGCAGCUGAAAUCGCUGCUGAUGUGAAAAACCAGGCGGCGGAAGAUGCGCUUGAUGAUAAAGCUAUCGAUUUGUUUAAGCUCCAACCGAAGAAACCAAAUUGGGAUUUGAAACGAAACUUGGAUUCGAAACUAGAGAUCCUCAAUGUUCGCACAGAUAAUGCGAUUGCACGACUAGUGACGGAAAGAAUCGCUGCGGAACAGAGUUCACAAGCGCACCGGCCAGGCAAUCAAGAUGCCACCGGCGAUGGUGAAGCUAAUAUUGACGGUGCUGCGUUUGUGGAAGGAUUACGGGUCAGAGAAAAGGAAGAAGAGGAAGAAGAACGCAGAGAAAAGCUUGAGGAGGAAGACUAGACGUGGCGGACGAUAUAUGAUAUGAUGAACAUGUAACUUCAUAACUUUGGUUUACUUUAUAUAUUG